UCGACCAUUCUUAGUUUCCAUGGAGCCGCCGGAAGCGCUAUCGGAUUAGCGCCUAGUUUGUUUGGUUAGCAGCUUGUUAUUGAUGUAAAACACGCAGUUUUAAUGAUGUCGUUGGACAAUCCUGAAACUCUGUUUUCAUUGGAGCUGUUAGUGGAUUAUAUCCGACUCGAGAAACUCUGCAAAGUCCCCGACAGAAUAGCUCUCGGUGUGCGGUUACUGGAUUUCCCAACGCUGCUAAUUUAUCAUCACCGAUCCAAGAGUGUUGGCUCUAACCAGCCUGCGCGAAAGCAGCCGGACGGACAGCGUGAGUUCGCCUUUAACAGAGGCAAGUGUUGUUUCUUCAAAAUGAACCUGGACUCUCUGCACGUCCAUCUGUCUGCCACCCCUCUGUACGCCAUGGUGCUGGAUGUAAGUGAGGAUAGCAGCCCCAGAUUGUUUGGCUCCUCUCUGAUAUCUCUGGCUGAAGCCAUGGACAGAAUCAAGCUGCUUUCCAGUCCCUCUGCUCACACAGGGAAGGGAGUCGUUGCUGUAUGCAACCUUUCCGGGAAGAAGAUCGGAGCAAUAUCCCUGAGUUAUAAGCUUGUGUGUCUGGGAGCAAGUUUACUGCCACACAUCACGGAGGGGAGGGGGUAUAAACGCACAAGUAUCCCAGGAGGUCAAGACCAAGAACAUUUCAAGGAGAACAUGAAAUCAGGGAGCAUGUGUUCUCCCACAGGGAACAAGUCAGAGUUUAGCAUCCAUAGUAAUGAUGCAGGAGAUUCAAAGAGCCUACUAGAUGAAUAUAAGGAAGGUGAUUGUGCUGAAGGUCAAACUAACACUAUUGAGGAGGAUUUAGCUCUAUUCUGCCCCCCUCAUCUUUACUAUUGUAAUACCGCCCAAGCAAAAAUUGGGAACGAAAAUCAAGAUUACAGAUUACUCAGUCUAUGUACUGAAGCUUUUACGUUUGAAGAUUCCAUCUGUGAGGAUGAGGAGCAUGGAAAGAAAGUUGAAGGUUCGGUUUCCAAAGCGGUACACCAGAAAAUGUCUCGUGCUACAAAAACACCAAGCCACCAAGAAACAAGUGACAACACAAAUAUCCUCAGGGAAGCCUUACAGCAGCUCCCACUUUUAAAUGCUCUUGUUGCUGAACUGUCGCAGUUGACCGUUUAUUCCAGUCCAGAUCAAAUUACCAGGCCAGUUACAGAUGAUUACAGAAACUCACCACAAACUCAGUCCCUGUACAAAACUACAACUCUCUCUGAGAUUAAUUUAAACCCUUUACCUCCUCCCAGAAACUGUUCUACACCCAUAGUUUACCCUGUGAAGAGGAAAGACAACCAAAAAGAACCCUUAAAAUCCAGGAAAACUCAAAGAAAGAAGCUCAUGUAUGGAACAACUAAAACAUUCAAUUUAAGGCUAAAGCAAAUUUCUCCUCUCAAAGUGAACAAUCGUGAAUGCAUUGAGUUAAGGAAGAGUGGAACACAGUCAAUGACGGCUAAAGAAAAGGAAAAGUCAAACUCUAAAACUAUAAAGUCCAAUAAAGGAGGACGUUUAUAUCGGCGCUCUAACUUAGAUGAAAAUAUUGAGAUAGUGAUGCAGAGUCUCACUGGUAACUCUGCACUAGGAGAAACAGUCACUCUGAAAGCAAAAACUCAGCAGGGUGCCCAAGACGGCAGUGCACAAGGAGAUUCAGAAGAUUUUCAUGCACUGAAAGAGCUGAAAUGCAUUCCCAGCCCCAGUCCCAGUGUGUACAGUGACAGCACUCCUCUGAGCAAAGACAAGAACGAGUAUCACACCGAGCUGGAUCAGUCAGAUUUUCAGUCUGACUGGGACAAAUUCAUAGUUUCAGUCCCUGAUCUCACAGAGAGGCAAAGCAGCAGGAGCAACAGUCUAGACUCUUUGUUUUCAGAGUGCAGUAAUAAUAAAAAUGAUGCAAACUAUGCAGACGACUUUGACAGUCUUGAAUCCAGUAAUGAAUCCUCAAUAGCCAACACUCCAAAGUCUCUUGUCAGUUCUGAUUCCUGCAAUUCUAAUCCAAGAUCUGAAGGUUUCCAGAAAAGACCCAAUCACUACCCGGUACCAGUCAAAGCCCUCAAAUCCCCUCACCAAGUUCUGAUGGGCACACACAUCAUCCAACCUCGCACCCGCUCCUCGGCUCUCAGUUUUUCCUCAGACGGCGACGUGGAGAAGCCAUCUUCCUCACAAACUGUCUGCUCCAAAAACCAAGCGAAUGCAAGUGACAAAAUGGAGCAAAGCUUUUGUGCUGAAAGUGUUUUAGUAUCAAGAUGUGAAAAAAAAAAAUCACCCAGGAACCGUAACCAAUUUGGAGGAUUUUCAGCACAAUCCACUUCUUCUUUUGAAGCUCAGGAAGUGGAGGAACUGGAGGAUGAGGUUGGAUCACUGGAUUUCAGAAAAGACUAUCAACACAUCUCUGAACUUGUAGCCAGCAAACUCCCAGGGUACACAAUGUAAAAAAGCAUGUAGACACCGACAUGGUGACCAAAAACAUUCUGUUUCCCCUUAAAGAGGAAAAUACGUUGUAUUAUGCUUCACACAUUUUGAAUAAAGAUCAGCUUUGUGACCAUU